AUGGCUAGUAGACAAAAUAGUUCGAUGCUCAACCUGGGCAGUCAUGAUGUUGGUAGUACCUGGAUGGACAAUGCUGAUAGUGGUCAACUGCUCAGUGACACAGCUAGAAAUGUGUUUAUCCUUGUGAACCAUGGAGUCAUCGGUACACUUAUGUGUUUGUUUGGGACGGUAGGAAACUGUCUCAACAUUGUUGUUUUUCUUCGACAGGGACUGCGCAAGUCCAUGAAUUUGAGCCUGUUCUCCAUUUCCGUUUCCGACUUUCUCGGGCUGGUGUUGCAGAUAUGGCAUAAUUUCUGUUUGAACCCUUACGUGGGGCAGAUAGAAUCCCCACUUGAUUUUAUGCAGAUACAGUACCUGACCGCUGGAUGGCCAAACGUGACGGCUGUUAGAAUCACUGGCUGGACCACGGCCUUUAUGACUCUAGAGCGAUGCUUAUCGAUAGCCAUGCCCUUAAAGAUUAAGCAGGUGAUUACAUUCAGUAGAACUCUAUUUAUUAUCACUGUAAUAUACGUAUUGAAUGUGACUGCCCUAACACCGCUCUACCUGUCAGCCUACCUGGCCUGGUACCAUAAUCCUGGCCAGAACUCCACCAAACUUGGCGUCUUAUUCACGGCUAAUACUUUGGAGAUGCAAGGAUUGGUCUUCAUCUUCCACGCCACCUUGUCUAUAGCCUCAUUCAUCUUCGUUCUCAUAUUCACCGCCAUUUUGGUUUUGAAACUAAAGCAGAAGUCAAAAUGGCGGAAGCAGGCGACGCACGAUAACGACCAGAACGAGGCUUUGUCAACUCGCGAGAGAAAAACCGUCCUUCUGACGAUCGCGGUUGCAUUCGUUCUUAUCGUCUGCUACACACCAGCUGUGGUCGGCUCCAUCACCACAACAAUUGCUCCAGACUUUGGCAUCAACGGGAGGCAAGCCAACGUCUUCCAUGCAGUGUAUUCUUUCGCAUUUUUGCUUCACUCGACCAACUCUAGCAUUAACGUAGCGGUCUACUACAAGAUGAGUUCCAGGUACAGGCAGACAUUUCAGGAGCUCUUCUUUAAGAAGAAAACUAAUAAAUGA